AUGGCCAAAAUUUCAACAGUGGAGAGCAAAGUCUCUUCCAACAUUGUUUUUGACGACAAUGCCAAGCAGCCAAGGACAAUGGCAGUGGAGCGAGAGCCAGGAGAAAUUUCAAAGCGGCAGUUGGCUUUAAAUGGGAUUGUGGUUGUUUUAACAGCUAGAGAUGAGAAGAGAGGCCUUGAAGCUCUUGGAAAACUCAAACACUCUGGUCUCUCUGAUCUUCUUGUGUUUCAUCAACUUGAUGUCGCUGACGUUGCCAGUAUUGCUGCUCUUGUGAACAAUGCUGGUGUUCCUGGAAUUAGAGCUGAUGCUGAUGUUUUAAGAGCCGAGUCUAGUAAGGAAGGUGAAAAAAUCAAUUGGCAUAAAAUAAUAACUCAAACAUACGAGUUAACUGAAGAAUGCCUAGCCAUAAACUAUUAUGGUGCAAAAAGAAUGGUCGAGGCGCUUGUUCCCCUGCUCCAAUUGUCUGAUUCGCCAAGGAUUGUCAAUGUUUCCUCCUCCUUGGGGAAGUUGAUGGUGAAAUCGUAUGACAUUUUGCUACAGAUCAUUGUUUCUGUAAAGAAACUUUCUCCACUAAAAGUGUUCUCUUGUAAUUUGUUUCAGAAUAUAUCAAAUGAAUGGACUACAGAGGUGCUAGGUGAGGCUGACAACCUUUCUGAAGAGAGAAUUGAUGAGGUGUUAAGCAAGUAUCUAGAAGAUUUUAAAGAGGGUUCUCUUGAAAGCAAAGGUUGGCCUGCUUUUGAGUCUGCUUACAUACUCUCAAAAGCAGCUAUGAAUGCCUACACAAGAAUCCUAGCCAAGAAGUUGCCUACUUUUCGCAUCAAUUGUGUUUGCACUGGCUACGUCAAAACAGACAUUAACAUGAAUAGAGGAAUAUUAUCAGUUGAAGAAGGGGCUGAAAGUCCAGUGAGGUUAGCACUGUUGCCUAAUGAUGGUCCUUCUGGUUGCUUCUUCGAUCGCAAAGAGGAGUCACCUUUUUAAUUGGACGUGAUACAUUUCUGCAGAAAAGUAUGCAUGGUUAGAUCAGUUUCUGUGCUUUUCAACGGUAUAGUUGGAGAAUAAUCUCAUACUCAGUGAAAACAGAUUUGAAUAAUAGGGUUUGACUCCGCUGGAUUAUUUAUUUUGAA